CGGUAUUAACCCAAUUUAUGCAAAACUGUCAGUGAAAUAUAACGCUCCUCCUUCCUGGACUGACGACUUCCCAAGUGAUUGACUCCCUCUCCUGCCCCCCCAGCGGUGGCCGCAAUCACAUCUGUCCCUGUGUCUACCUGUCGUGGUGAGCAUGCAGGGUGAGUUCUUCCAACACACCCAGGAUUGGAUCAGAGCGCAAAUCAGUUGAUCCACAAGCCCAGACUGCAGUAAAUAAAGAUCUCAAUGCCUUCCUGAGGAAGUUGCAUUUUCCGUUCAGUCUUCCUCUUAACUCAAACAUGAAAUCGGCGAUUACUCUGUUUUUACUGAUCAGCGUCUGGCUCGACUUGAACACCACGACUCGGGAUGGUGCUGUUGUGACUGUGUACACCUUGGAGUCUGUGUACGGGAAUCGGGACCAGACGGUGAUCCUCCCAUGUCGCCUCAUCGUUUCCGGUCCUGAGGUGAACGUGGUCUCUGUAACCUGGAAGGGUCCAAACGGGACCAACAUUGCUGUGUACAGCCCUCAGCACGGGGUCAAUUACCCAGGAGAGGGUAACUCCAGUCUCAUUUCAUUCCAAAACCCUUCGAAGGAAGAUGCCACACUGGUGAUCAGAAACUUGAGCAGAAGAGACGCCGGACUCUAUGCCUGUUCCUGGACAACGUAUCCGGACGGAAUCUUUUCGAGUGAAACGGUGUUGACUAUUUCAGAGGAUACCCCGGUAAGAUUCCGAGUGUACGUUAUCCUUGCGGUCAUCUGCCUGGUGCUGCUGCUUGGUCUGCUGUUAUUGGCGUACGCGUUGGUGAGCUGGGUGAGCCAACACCUUCAGGUUGCUGGGAGGAACUCAAAGGAGACGGACCUGGAUGAGUGCCCCAGUGAGAUUGUGUACACAUCCGUGAAUAUACAGCAGCAGAAUGUCGGAACACCGAAGGGUUGGCACCAUGAAGAUAAUGUCGAUUCAGAGGAGAUUGUCUAUAGUGUUCUCAAACACAAGUAGAUUUAUUCUGUUCAUGAUGGAUUGGUCAGAGAUGUGUGGCUAAAAUUUAGAUUCCAGCUAAAUAGUUUGAUCACUGAGUGAUUGGCCCUCUCAUUGACAGGGAUAACACAAUCGGAACUGUCCAUACCUUUAUAUCCAAAGUACCUGUCGGGGAGGGGUGCAGCAGGUGGGACUUGAAGCCGGCCCUUCUGGCUCAGAGAUAGGGACACUACCACCUUCCCAGAAAGUUGCAAACACACACUGAAGCCUGUGGACAUUUGAUACCCCGUGAUCACGACAUCAGCCAACGCACGCUGCCACCACAUCCCAGAUUGGAAAGCAUCAUUAAUAACGACAGCAGGAACGUCAAAAUAGGACAGGAUUAGUUGGUCUGUUGUAACCUUUUUAGGUGGACGUCCAAGAGAAUUUUUUUUUGUUUUAAAUUGUGGUGUUGGGUUUUCCAUUUGCCAAGAUUUAAGGAUUUAGCCAUUUGGCCACUUGAGCCGGCACUGCCAUUGGACAGGGCCAUGGCUGAUCCGACAUUCCUCACACCCACUUUCCUGCCCUUUUCCUUGAUUCCCUGACGGAUCAGGAAUUUCUCUAUCACAGCCUUCAGUACACACGCGGACUCUGCCCCCCACAGCUGUCCAUGACAGAGAGUUCCAAAGGCCCACAACUCUCUGAGAGAAGAAAUUCCUCCCCAUCUCGGUCUGAAAUUGGUGUCCCUUUAUUCUGAGACGAUGCCCUCUGCUCCUAGACUCUCCCAAUGGGGGGUGAGGGGGAGGGGUGGGGAGGGGGAUGGGGGAGGGGAACCCUCCCUCUCAGCAUGGACCCUGUCCAGCCCCUAACGAAUCCGAUAUGUUUCAGUGAGACCGCCUCUCGUUCUAAACUCCAGUGAGGAGAGUCCCAACCUUUGCUCAGGAGACUAUCCCUCCAUAGCAGCGAUCAUCCUCGUGAACUAUCUCUGAAUUGUUCUCAAUGAAAUGACCCCUUUCCUUCACAGCACUCCAGAGGUGGUCUCACCGGGGCCUUGAAUGGAAUCAUCACUUUUUGAAAGGUCAUGAAAAUAAUGUAGAUGUUUAUGAUGGAAGGAGAUCCUUCCGUUCGGUAACAGUCAUCUAGAAUCAUAAAACGGAAUCCCUACAGUGUGGGCACAGGCCCUGCAGCCCAACAAGUCCACAUCAAGUCUCCGAAAGGUAUCCCACCCAGACCUUAAUACUCAACAUUUUUCCCCAAAUCUGCACAUCCCUGGACACUAUGGGUAAUUUAACAUGGCCAAUCCACUCUGACCUGCACAUCCCUGGACACUAUGGGACAAUUUCCCAUGGCCAAUCCACCCUGACCUGCACAUCCCUGGACACUAUGGGACAAUUUCCCAUGGCCAGUCCACCAUGCGACAAUUUAGCAUGGCUAAUCCACCCUAACCUACACAUCCCACGACACGAUGGGACAACUUACCUGGUCAAUCCACUCUAACCUGCACAUCCCUGGGCACUAUGGGACAAUUUCCCAUGGCCAAUCCACCCUAACCUGCGCAUCCCUGGGCACUAUGGGACAAUUUCCCAAGGCCAAUCCACCCUAACCUGCACAUCCCUAGGACACUAUGGGUAACUUAGCAUGGCUAAUCCACCCUAACCUGCACAUCCCUGGACACUAUGGGUAACUUAGCAUGGCUAAUCCACCAUAACUUGCAUAUCCCAGAACACUGUGGGACAAUUUCCCAUGGCCAAUCCACCCUAACCUGCACAUCCCUGGGCACUAUGGGACAAUUUCCUAUGGCCAAUCCACCCUAACCUGCACAUCCAUGAACACUAUGGGACAAUUUCCCAUGGCCAAUCCACCCUAGCCUGCACAUCCCUGGACACGAUGUGACAAUUUCCCAUGGCCAAUCCACCCUAACCUGCACAUCUCUGAACACUAUGGGACAAUUUCCCAUGGCCAAUCCACCCUAGCCUGCACAUCCCUGGACACGAUGUGACAAUUUCCCAUGGCCAAUCCACCCUGACCUGCACAUCUCUGGGCACUAUGGGACAAUUUCCCAUGGCCAAUCCACCUUAACCUGCACAUCCCUGGGCACGAUGGGACAAUUUAGAAUGGCCAAUCCACCCUAACCUGCACAUCCCUGGACACUAUGGGACAGUUUCCCAUGGCCAAUCCACCUUAAUCUGCACAUCCCUGGACACUAUGGGACAAUUUAGCAUGGCUAAUCCACCCUAAUCUGCACAUCCCUGGACACUAUGGGACAAUUUAGCAUGGCUAAUCCACCCUAACCUGAACAUCCCUGGGCACUAUGGGACAAUUUCCCAUGGCCAAUCCACCCUAACCUGCACAUCCCUGGGCACUAUGGGACAAUUUCCCAUGGCCAAUCCACCCUAACCUGCACAUCCCUGGGCACUAUGGGACAAUUUAGCAUGGCCAAUCCACCCUAACCUGCACAUCCCUGGGCACUAUGGGACAAUUUCCCAUGGCCAGUCCACCCUAACCAACACAUCCCUGGACACUAUGGGACAAUUUCCCAUGGCCACUCCACCCUAACCUGCACAUCCCUGGACACUAUGGGUAACUUAGCAUGGCUAAUCCAUUCUAACUUGCAUAUCCCUGAGCACUAUGGGACAAUUUCCCAUGGCCACUCCACCCUAACCUGCACAUACCUGGGCACUAUGGGACAAUUUCCCAUGGCCAAUCCACCCUAACCUGCAGAUCCCUGAACACUAUGGGACAAUUUCCCAUGGCCAAUCCACCCUAACCUGCACAUCCCUGAACACUAUGGGACAAUUUCCCAUGGCCAAUCCACCCUAACCUGCACAUCCCUGGACACUAUGGGACAAUUUCCCAUGGCCAAUCCACCCUAACCUGGACAUCCCUGGACACUAUGGGACAAUUUCCCAUGGCCAAUCCACCCUAACCUGCACAUCCCUGGGCACUAUGGGACAAUUUCCCAUGGCCAAUCCACCCUAACCUGCACAUCCCUGGGCGCUAUGGGACAAUAUCCCAUGGCCAAUCCACCCUAAUCUGCACAUCUUUGGACUGCGGGAGGGAACUAGAGCACCCGGAGGACUUCCACACAGACAGUCUCCCGAGGGUGGGAUCGAACCUGGGUCCCUGGUGCUGGGAGGCAGCAGUACUAACCACUGAGCCACCGUGACGAUCCCAUUGCAUUCCACCCACAGUUUGGUACGUUGUAACGUUUCAGGUGAAUAUCCAAGAGAUUUUUUUCUGUUCUAAAUCGUGGUAUUAGGUCUUCCGUUUGCCAUGAUUUAAGGCAAUGCUUUUCACAUUCCUGUCACCCUCCUGAUGGUCCUCAAAUUCACUUAAAUCUUACUCAAAUCUUACAUUUUGUACCUCAUGGUUAUUGAACUCUCUGCAGUGGCCCAUUGAUGUCAUCAUCAAUAUGUUGUUGUGGAAAACAUUCCUGCUAUCCUUUAAAAUAACUUCCUUCUAGGUGACAUGUUGCCUGCCAGAACUAAUUGCAAAUAAUGUAUUAACACAGUUGUAUAGUCCUUUGGAUAUAUAUUAAACCACAAACAUUGCACUGUU